GUUCUGCGUCGUCGUCGUCGUCGUCAACCACAGCGACCACGCGCGGGGAGACAUCACGACCUGCUCGCUCUUAUAUUGCCCCCCGCAAUAGUCCCGAGCCCGUCUGCUCUCUCUGCUGCUCUGCCACGGUUCACGAGGCACAGCUCCGAACCUGGGUGGUCGCACACGAGGCGCCAUCACGCACGAGGCAGACGCGUUGUCUCGCUCUAUUCCUGCGUCAUCCCCCGCACAGGCUUCUGUUCGACGACGUCCCAUAUCUAAUCUACAGCGAGCACGGUUCCUGGAGGGAGCGUUCAUACCGCGUCGCGCUUUCUCUCCCAACACGCCCGUGUCUCCCCGCACCCCGUAGAGACCGUCGCCCCGUUGUUUAUCUUUCUCCCCCCCUGAUUCUCUUUCGUUCUUCGGUACCUUUUUCUUAGUGCCCCUUCGACCUACUUGCCCCUUUUGCAUGAACCUACCACGAACCGUACUCUUGCUCCCGCUCACGACCAUUCAUGUCAACACAGCAGCAUAAUUCCUCGUCCGCUUCGUCCCACUCGGACCCGUCCGGUACAGCGCCGUCCUCAGGCUCCGGCUCCGGCUCAGGUUCAGGUUCAAGCUCCAGCCCGGGCCAGUCCCGCGUUCCGUCCGGUACCAGCGGCGCCCAGCAAGCGUCAGCCCGCCCCGAGGGCGAGCCAUCCUCGAAUCCGUCUCCCCAGUCGGAGUACCACCACCCAGGCGCGCCGCAAGACAUCGUCGUCCUCCAACGACGCCAGUCCUCCCGAGACACCCCCACCAUCACCCCCUCCACCGAAAACACCACCCACACCCACGCCCACCACCACCACCACCACCACCUCCACCUCCAGUCGCGCGUCACCACGCCGGCGACGACGACAGAGGGCUACCCGUCCUGGCUCCCCCGGCGCGCCCCGGCCCCCGAACCCGCCUCGACGAUGCACACCCACUCGUCCUCCACCCGCGCCGGGCUCUUCACGCCCUCGCCCGGGCCUUACACCCCCGCCGACCCCGGGCCCAGCACGGGCGGCCCCGGCACCGGCACCGCCAACAGCGAACCGCCCACCGUCGGCUUCUCGGGCUCCCACCACCACAACGUCGGCGGCCGCAGACCGACCCCGCGCUCCGUCCGCGUCGUCCGCAUGUCCUCCACCGACCCGCGGCGCAUCCCGACCGACACCACCCGCGUCGGGGCAGCGCACAACAGGGUCUGGUCCCGCGCGACCUCGGCCGGCUUCUCGCCCACCGUCUUCUCCGCCUCGCCCGCGACGACGCCUCAUCGCGCGAGACCGCGCUUCCGCGCGCCCGCGCUCCACCUCGACCUCGUCCAGAGCCCGGGCGCGUGGCCGAAGAUCGCGUUCUGGCUCUGGCCGCUCUGGGUGCUCGGACACGUCCCGGCGCAGACGUUCCUCGACUUUAACGCCGUUUUCAUCCUCGUCGAAUUGGCGCGGUUCCCGAACGCGGUCGCGCCGGGCGUGCCGGGAUCGGGCAGGACGUGGGCGCUGGGCGCCGCCGCGUACGUCGCCUGCUGGGCCAUCUGGAUCGUCGCCGUCGUCGUCCUGUACGAGUUUGUCUACUGCUUCGUAAGGCGGUGGCGAGUCAGUGAGUCAACCCCCCCCCCCUGCCCUCACCCCUUUCCCUUAUGGUGUGCUGACCGGGGGCAAAUAUAUAUAUGUACGUGCGCAGAACGCCCGUUGAUGGUCCCGCUCUACCUCUCCGCCGCCGGGUUCAACUACGUGUCCAUGACGUCCUACGCCCACUUUGCCUUCCUCCGCCACCUCCGGCUGUCCGCGUUUUCGGCGGCCGCGGGCGGCUCGGUGCGCGACGGCCUGGCGGAGACGUGCUACUAUUAUUCGCAGAACCUGCCGACGGUCGCGCUGCUCCUGCCCCGCGCCGGGCUCGCCUUGGCGCUCUUGCUGGCGCCGGGCGUGGGCGGCGCGGCGGUGCCCGGGAACGUGGCGAGCGCGAAUAGGGGCGCGGGCGCGGCGAGGGACGGGACGUAUUUUGGGGAGGACGGACGGUUGACGGCGUUCGGGAGGGGGGUGUUGUUCGCGAACUGCGCGUGGGUCGCGUGGCGGGCGCUCGUGCUGCUCUUCAGCUGGAUCGGUCUUUGGAUCCUGAGCGGCCAUGGAUGCGCGGGUCUGUGUGGUCCGCGGUACCGCUGGGAAGAGGACGAGGCGGAGAAGACGAUGUCGGUGUACAGCGAGGGCGGGGAUCCGACGGCGGACGUUGACCCGGAGGAGCGGCUCCCGUGGGAGUGGAGGGAGUGUACCGCGGCGCGCGUGCAGGAGGCUUGGGAGCUGUGCCUCACGGAACGCAGGCGGCGGAGCCUCGGAUUGGCGCCGCAUGCGCCGCACGAGGCGGAGAAGCUGCCGCGGGGAGAGGAGGAGGGAGAGAGGCUGGAGGUGCGAGAGUCCGGGCCGGCGUUCGAGGGCGUGGAUAGGAUUUUGGCGGCGAUCGGGCUGGGGGGCAGUCCGCCUGCGGCGAGGAGGGGGCUGUUGAGCGAGCACCUGUUUAGAGAGCCGGAGGAGGUGGGGAUGCAGGAGGGGACGACGCGGAGUUUGGGGGAGAUUAUACCGAAGCCGGAGGAGGAGGAGGAGGCGAGGAUGAAGAAGGAACGGAGGGAGUCGCUCAGGAAGGACGCGCCGUUGAUGAAGUUGCCGUACCCGUUCCCGGGGUAUGAUAGCCAGGAUAGCAAGGAGGGCCGGAUCCCGUUCCCGCCGAGUCCGACGCCUGGCCGGGAAGGCGACGAGGAGGAGAGCGCAGCGCACGAGGUCGAAGCCGAGGAAGAGGAAGAGGAAGAGGAGGAGGGCGAGCACGCGGAAGAGUCGUACGUCGUCGAGGGCGAGAGCGAGGAGCCGAGCUCGGGCGAGCCGAAGGGGCGCAGCUCGGGCUCGAUGUCGAGCCUUGGCCGGCCCGUGGCGUCGCGGUACCCGUUCCAGUUCCGGCGCCCGGUGGCGGCGGGCGGGCGCCAGAGCUUCUCGACGGCGGGCACGCACCGCACGCCGCAGAGCAAGUCGACGUCGACGGGCGAGCACUCGCGAUCCACGCCGAGCACGCAUCAGAGCCAGCUCAGUCGGGGCACGGUGUCGACCGCGGGCAACCGCGCGAGCGUGGAGAGCCCGUGGGGCGGGAGCAGCGCGAGCGCGGGCAGCCCCGUGAGCGGGCGUAUGCCGAUACCGAUGCCGCCGAGCGCGGGCAGGCAGCGCAGGGCGUGGGCGGGGACGGUGCCCGUGGCUUCCGUGCCGUCGUCGCCGUCGCCGAACGGGGGCAGGACGCGCUCGAGCAUCCGGACGAGGACGGAGAGCGGGGACAGCGUCGGGCCGGCGGAGCAGACGUUUGGGCCGAUCCCGCUGCGCGCGUACGGGAGCCCGAACGAGGACGGGGACGAGGAGGAGGAGGUCGAGGAAGAGCCGGAGGUGGAGGUGGAGAUGAUGGAGCAGCCCGAGGCGGAGGGGUCGCAGGAGGCGGCGGAGAUCGAGGACGAGGUCGCGCUGCUGUCGCCCGGGCCGUCGCCGAAGAGCUCGCGAUCGAGGCUGAGGCAGCAGAGGCAGCGCGAGCGCGAGCGGGCGAGGACGCUGUCGCAUCGGUCGCGGUCGAUCUCGCACCGGUCGCAUUCGGGCUCGGGGAGCGCGAGUCAUAGCGGCGGGAGCCACGGCGGGAUGAGGAGCCGGACGCAGAGCUUGAUACAGAGCAUCAGCGCGGCGAGCCGGAGCUCGGUGGACGUCGUUGCGAGCGCGGUGAGGAGCCGGACGAGCUCGAUGACGAGGUUGGAGGAGGGAGAGGGGGAGGAGCAGUGGGUGAGCGGCGGGAGCGGGAGCGGGACGGACGCGCUGCCGAGCAGUCCGGAGGGGCAUACGUUUGGGAUCGGCCCGGUGAGGGGACGCGAGCGCGAGCGCGGUGAGGCCGUGAGCGACGUGAGCGAGGGCGAGGAGGAGGAGGGCGCGCCGGGGCACGUGAAGGAGGAUACGGCGGCGACGGUGACCGCUCCUGCGAGGACGCGCGAGCGGCAGCAGUCGAUGUUGUCGGCCACGGCGCCGUCGGAGCGCACGAUUCAUCCGCCUGGGGCCGGCUCUCCUUCGUCGCCCGCGUCGCCCGCAUCGCCCGCGCCGAUCCCGGAAGAGAGGCCGCCCAUGCCCACGAUGCCGUCGGACGUGUCGACCGCCAACGAGUCGUUCGUCACCGCGCCGGCGACCGUCGAGGGUUCGUCGGAUAGCGCUGGGGCACCGUCGAGCUGGGGAGGUUCGUCGCGCUUCUUCGAGGGAGGGCCGGCUCACCCUAAAGGACACCAUCCUCCGGGCGCGCACUGGCACGGGCCUGCGUGAACGUCAGGGAACCUAGGGUCCGAGGAGACGAAGAAAGAAAACGUCAAAAAAUAUGAAAAAAUCUAUCGCAUUUAAUGAGCUCGACGUCGUUGGUCUUUUUUUCCCGGACGCGGGCGGCUCUCUCUCUCCCUGCUCUUACUCGGUUUCGGAUCCGACUCUGUUCUGUCUGUGCAUUCAUCAUCAUCAUCAUUCAUCAUCGACGACCACGACUGCUUGCGACGACGGAUCGACAUUGCAAUACUUUCGCGACACCUCCCGCUUCAUUUAUUCACCACUGUGCAAGUAAUUAUCCUUCAUAUUGGUUUUGCGAUGUAUCCCGCGCGUGCUAG